AUGUUUGAUCGAGUAGGCGUCCUAAAGUUGCCUACAUAUGUGGAAGUCCUUAAUAGAGCACUGAUGGCAGAAGUUACUCUAGCAGCAAAGAAACAAGUUAAAGCUCUAACAUCUGAAUGGAGAGGGAAGAAACCCAACUUUAAUUUCAAAAAGGAUUGGUUGUUUUCAAAGAAACAAAACACGGGAUCCUUCAGUAGCUCUAGUCAGAGUAGCGGAUCUAUUCCAAACUGCCCUGAUUGUGGAAAGAAGCAUAGAGGAGUGUGUUACCGUGCAUCCAGAGCCUGUUACCGGUGUGGCAAAGUUGGCCAUAUGAUGAAAGAUUGUUCACUUGGGUCUGAAAAUGCCAAUCGCCCCACAACAAGUUCAGCCAGAUCUGCUUUUGUGACAAGGUCAAAUGCCGGAACUAAUGUCAGAGGUAACACUGGAAAUGAAGCAUUAAAGCAAGGAAGAGUAUUCACACUGGUCCCAGGGAAUGUACAAGACACCGAGUUUGUGGUGUCAGGUAUAAUUCCCAUACGCCAUCUGGGGGUUCUAUGGAAUGGGGUAGUUCCUCUCCCAUAUUUGAUUUUUGCCAUGAAAGCUGUUAAACUGCUUAGGAAGGGGUGUAAAGGUUAUAUGUGUUGUGUUCUAACUGAGACUUCUGAUAGGUCUAAUGUGGAAACUAUUCCUGUUGUUUGUGAAUUUCCCGAUGUGUUUCCGAAAGAAUUACUUGGGGACUUAAUUGAUAGAGAAAUUGAAUGCACCAUCAAUGUAAUACCUGGAACACAACCAAUUUCUAAAACCCCAUACCGGAUGUCAACUUCUGAAUUGAAAGAAUUAAAAGCUCAGCUCCAAGAACUCUUAGACAAAAAAUUCAUCCGCCCGAGCACUUCACCAUGGGGUGCUCCAGCUUUGUUUGUCAAGAAAAAAGACGGAUCUUUAAGGCAGUGUAUAGACUAUCAGGAAUUAAACAAAGUGACUAUUAAGAAUAAAUAUUCAUGA